CAUCUUGGCAAACCCCAACCCAACCUAACGGCAGAACCCAAACAACGUCCGCCGUUCUUCACCCACAACAAAGCCAUCUUCAGCUCAUGGCCCUAUAGUCGCCGCUUCAGAGCACUUCGCAUGGACGACGAGGUUGCGAGACUACGACAAGCUCUCGCUGAAGUCGAGGUUGCGAGACUACGACAAGCUCUCGCUGAAGAGGAGAAUCGAGCACUCGAUGAGCGACGCCGACUCGAAGAAGCCGAGAAUCGAGCACUCGAUGAGCGACGCCGACUCGAAGAAGCCGAGAAUCGAGCACCCGAUGAACGACGCCAACGCGAAGAAGCGCAACGCCAAGCCGAGAAGCGAGUACAAGGAGAGACACUUAUGCCUUAUCUUGAGGCUUGCCACUCUCUCAGUCUCGCUCUUCAAGUAGUCACUGAUCUUACUCGGACUACGAAAGGCGAUACGACAGACCCCGACCGCCGAAUUUACCCUCGACGAAUCGUUCGGUGGGAUGACUUCCCCGCGAGACAAGAGGAGAUUUGGAACCAACUCCCAGAAGCAUCCUUCGCUUCCCAGCACCAAUUCCCGACUCAGCAUCAGCUAGACUACGUACGGGAUAUCAUUCGCCCUGUCAGCAGCGAGUGCGGGCUUCGAUACUUCGAGCACGACACAGUCGAACUCGCGGUGGAGAAGCUUAUCGUCGCAGUGAACGAUAAUGAACUGCUGCGAGACCGCCUUGGUCUACGCGGGACCGUGACAUUCGAGAGCCACACAAACUUUGGCAACAACGAAACGAAUCUCUCCAAGUCUCUGCAAAAUAUGUCCCUCAGCGAGGGUGGUGCCAGGGAUGGGACAUCGGCCCGGCCGGCACCGAAGGCUCAGAGCAUCAUGAAAGGGAUGGGGAAGGGUAACCUGGCAGACAACUGUUGCAUUUACGAAACAUCGAACGGCGUGAGAGCGCCCAAGACAGCGAUCGAGUAUAAGGCACCGCAUAAGCUGCCACAGGACGUGAUAUGCACGGGCCUGAAAUCCGAGAUCCAGCCGAAGAUCGACGUGAUUGACAAGGAUGUCGAGGCCUAUGACGACUUUCAGUUUGCGUCGAAGGCGCUCGCCGCUGCUGUUGUCACCCAGCUUUUCUCCUAUAUGAUUGGCAAGGGCAUCCAGUAUGGGUAUGUCUGUACGGGACAGGUCUUUGUCUUUCUGUACAUUCCGGACGAUCCCAGUAUGGUCUACUACUAUGUGAGUGUGCCGAACUCGGACGUCCUCGACGACGACGCGAACCGGCUACACCGCACGGCCGUCGCACAGGUCUUCGCCUUUGUUAUCCAGUCCCUCCGUGCGAAACCGCCUUCGCAGUCGUGGAUUGAUGCAGCUGCAAGCCUUGAUACCUGGACUGUGGGGGUCGACGAUGUACUGAGCAGAAUCCCUGAAACGGUUCGUAAGGGCAAGGAGCCUCGCGCUUCCCCUUACAAGCCAUCGCGUUGGCGUGGGUUCCAACGCUCGCCGAUUCGGACCCGUUCAAGCUGCAAGCGACCUGACAACAUGUCCAAUCCUGAAGAUGACAGUGACGACGAGGAUGCUCCCCCUUCACCGACGACGGGUCGUUCGACUCGCUCUGGCAAGAAGCCAGCCAGUUCAAGUUCGAUCCCCAGUGGGAGGCAGGGACAACGUGGGAGCGGGGACCGGCAGCAAGGUGGGGCGGGGCAGACAAGAAUACAGGACCGGCCGUACUGCACUCACCACUGUCUUCUCGGUCUGGCGUGUGGUGGUCCGAUAGACGAGAGCUGCCCUAACGCUGGAAGCCACGGAUCCAGGCACAUGGACCGAGCGGAGUUCAUGCCUCUUGUCCGCACUCAACUGGCUACGGAUCGCGGCCGUGAUGCGGACGCCGCCCCGCUCUAUUUGUCCGGCUCUUUUGGAGCGCUCUUCAAGAUUCGUCUGUCCGCCUUUGGAUACACGUUCGUAGCCAAGGGUGUGGAAGGGCCAGGCCUUAAGUGCCUCAAGCACGAGGAAAGGAUCUACGACCAUCUUCGCCCUAUCCAGGGGGAGUAUGUUCCUGUGUGUCUUGGUCUGAUAAAUCUGGUCCUGCCAUACUACUAUGAUGGUGGUGUCUUCAGACACUUCCUCCUUCUUAGUUGGGCUGGGAAACCUCUGCACCGCUGCACUGACCAGAUCGACAAGACGCGUGUCAUCGCUGCAGUUGCUACGGCCUUUACUAGCCUACACCGACUACAGGUCCUCCACGGCGACGCAGAACUACGAAACAUUACAUAUGAUGAGGGCCCUAUGAUUGUAGAUCUCGAAAGGGCGAAACUCUGUGCUCGUGGACAUCUCGACUCCAUCACCCCGAACAGCCAGAGUCGGAAGACGAAGCGCGACAUAUCGCAGGAGCAUGGACAGGACCCCUUCGGUAGAGAGCUACGAUCGGUCGUGGAGAGCGUCUCCAGAAGCUUCGGGGUAGUCACCAUGCCACGUGGCUCAGUCUUCUCCACAGGGUAGACGUGCAAAGGGUGCUGGGGGGCGCAUUAGGGAGGGGGUUAGCGAUGCUAGUGGCCUUCGUACAAGGUUAUAUGAUUAAUGAGCAUGACAACUCGUGUUGUUAUUGUUAAUACAUCACGGUUUCCG